AUGCUCGCGUCCCUGCACAGAGAUGUGGGGGGCAUCUCAUGGAGCAGGAGAAUCAUGGGAACCGAGGAAGAGUGGAACAAACACAGUGCUCAUAAACUCCUUGAUAAAAAGGUCCUUCAAAAGCAGAAUGGGCGGAUUGGUAUAGUGAAAAGCUUGUUUAAAACUCAGAACACACUUCAAAUACAGUCCAUCACACGCUCUGAAUGUGCAGGUUCCUGUCCUGACUUGAUGAUGAACAGGCACGACCAAAUCGACGUGCGCCCUGUCCAAGUGGCUCUGACACCUCAGCUGCCCCCCAGGCUGCACAGACCCCUCUGUGUGUCUGUCUCCUCAGACAGCAGUGGGCGAUUUAAAGCACUGGAGACGCAGGAAUGGAAGAACAACCUCAAAGCUCAGAUGGAGCAGGCACACAGUGCAGGGGCAGCCAGCAGCACUGGUUCUCUGGAGCGCGCCUCGCUGUUCUGCGCCUCAGCCUCCAGUUCGGGCCUAUCCAGUCCUGUGGAGUUCCUCAACAAAAACAAGUCCUCGAGUCGCUUCUCCCUAUUUUCUCCACCCUGGAACAGCAGCUCAGAGUCUGAAUCCAACCCGCCAUCGCGCUCUGGUUCCAAAAAACUGCGUAACUACAGUCGAAGAGCUGCUACAGGUCCCGCUGGAGCUAGAAGGCCGGAUGUUCCUGACCCCAAAUCCAGCGAGCACUUUCAGUACUCAGAACCGGUCAUUUCCAAAGUAACUGAUUACAUUUUUGUUGGGAAUCUUAAUGCUGCUUACAAUGGGCGCACUUUGUGUCGCAACAACAUAGACAGUAUAAUAGACAUGAGUAACGUCCUGGGUGAAUCUGGUCCAAAUCUCAACCUCAUCCCUUGCACAUGCUCUCGAGGGGCGCGCCACAGCUGGUCUCGACUGAAGGUGGAUAUCGGUGAUGUACCAGACGCUCUGGGGGGUGGUCCCGCCUUAAAACAGCGCUGCUUUGAGGACAUUAAUGAAUGCAUUGACGCUUCUACAGAGAAGAAGAAGAGGGUCCUGGUUCACUGUCGGGACGGGUUUUCCCUCGCUCCUACCUGUAUUAUUCAAUACCUAAUGGUGAAGCAAAACAUGAGGCUUAUUGCUGCCUAUGAACUGGUUAGAGCCAAGUAUCCGGUGAACAUCAGGGAGUGCCAUCAGAAUGUCUUGGUCAGCCUGGAAAAAGCCCUACGACCUGGGGGCAAUGUGGACCCUGAAUGCUUCAAGCAGGCCAUCUCCCGCAAAGUUGCGUGGACAUGA